GGGAGUUGAGGUGCGCCCUGCCUGUGCUGGGGUGUAGUGUCUGGUUCAACCUCAGAUGCUGAGACAGUGCUCCUGCCUCUCCACCCAGGCCAGAGAGACCAGUAGUCGGCGGCACCCUGAGCCUCGCCCACCAGGAUUUUCCUUUCGUCAGUUCUUCCUUGCUCACCCAUUGGGUGCUAUGACAAGAAGGUGCUUUCUCUACAGCUAUCUUCUGCUUUUUAGCCAUGGCUUCAGUUUCUGUUCUCAAUUCCAGGACUGUACAAGAAGCAUGGUACAAGCGUCUGCAUCUGGCGAGGGCCUCAGGCUGCUUCCACUCCUGGUGGAAGGUGAAGAGGAGCCAGCAUGUGCAGAGAUCCCAUGGGACCAUGCUUUGGAAUCCAUGCCUUCAGAUGACUGCAGCCCCAGCUGACACUUUGACUGUAUCUACAGUAGAAAUUCUGGACUGGAACCACCCAGCUGAGGGACUCCCAGAUUCUUGCCUCAUGGAAGAUGGAGUUUCGCUCUUAUUGCCCAGACUGGAGUGCAAUGGCGUGAUCUUGGCUCACCACAACCUCCGCCUCCCAGAUUCAAGCAACUCUCCUGCCUCAGUCUCCCGAGUAGCUGCGGUUAUAGGCAUGCACCAUCAUGCCCGGGCCACUGGCACAUGGAAUAUAUCAACUGUGGGCCAGGCACAGUUGAAAAACAAGAAGAGAAGUUUAGAGACAAGACUGAACAUCAGUCUCCACUCCACACCCAGCAACCCCACCAAGACCAGCAUUACCAUAUACUCCACCUCCAUCACAUUUGUGUAGGUACAGAA